AUGAAAGCAUUCCUAAUUAUUACUCUCCUUCUUACUACUAAAGCAACUGAAAGUUUACCGUUAUUUGAAAAUAACAAUAAUCUUGUUUAUUAUGAUCAUGAGCAGAACCGCCAUGAUCCCUCAGAACUUUUUAAUCGGUGUCACGGAAAACUCAAUUUUAUAAAAAGAAGUCCUCUUCGGUUUGUUAGUAAAGAAAGGAAACGUGAAGAUUCCAUGGAAUUUCCUGAAGUUGAGCUUAAUUAUGAUCAAGAAAUUAUCGAAGACAAUGAUCAAGAUGUAACAAAACGUAGUCCUCUUCGGUUUGUUAGUAAAGAAAGGAAACGUGAAGAUUCCAUGGAAUUUCCCGAAGAUGUGCUUAAUCAUGAUCAAGAAAUUAUCGAAGACAAUGAUCAAGAUGUAACAAAACGUAGUCCUCUUCGGUUUGUUAGUAAAGAAAGGAAACGUGAAGAUUCCAUGGAAUUUCCUGAAGUUGAGCUUAAUCAUGAUCAAGAAAUUAUCGAAGACAAUGAUCAAGAUGUAACAAAACGUAGUCCUCUUCGGUUUGUUAGUAAAGAAAGGAAACGUGAAGAUUCCAUGGAAUUUCCUGAAGUUGAGCUUAAUUAUGAUCAAGAAAUUAUCGAAGACAAUGAUCAAGAUGUAACAAAACGUAGUCCUCUUCGGUUUGUUAGUAAAGAAAGGAAACGUAAAGAUUCCAUGGAAUUUCCCGAAGAUGUGCUUAAUCAUGAUCAAGAAAUUAUCGAAGACAAUGAUCAAGAUGUAACAAAACGUAGUCCUCUUCGGUUUGUUAGUAAAGAAAGGAAACGUGAAGAUUCCAUGGAAUUUCCUGAAGUUGAGCUUAAUCAUGUUCAAGAAAUUAUCGAAGACAAUGAUCAAGAUGUAAUUAAACGUAGUCCUCUUCGGUUUGUUAGUACAGAGAAGAAAUGUGACCAUUCCUCAGAAAAUCCUGAAGAUGCGAUUAAUUAUAAUCAAGAUCAUUCCUAA